AUGGCCAGCAACUCUUCGCCCGCCGUCCGCAAGACGGGCGCGCCCGAGAAGAAGUACAAAUGCCAGUUUUGCAACCGCGCCUUCAGCAGGAGCGAGCAUCGCAGCCGCCACGAGCGUUCUCACACCAAAGAGCGCCCAUUCAAGUGCCUCAAGUGCCGCAGCACUUUUGUGCGGCGCGACCUUCUCCUGCGCCACGACCGCACCGUCCACGCAAAGGAUGGCGGCGCGCCUCUGCCCAGCGAGCAGAAGCGACGGACGGCCAGCAAGGCUACUGACGCCGGGCCCUCGAAGCCCGCGCUUGUUGAGAGUGCCACGACGCUCGAGCGCAUCGAAGCCGACAACGAUGCCAUGCACGAGGAUGAGGAUCUCAAUGCUGCCGCUAUGCUGAUGACCGACUUCCACCACAAGGCAAUGGCCAGUCAGGAGCCCGAGAUGAUUCCGGAGCACAACGAGCCCGUCAUCUCGCCCACCGGCCCGUCCAUGAUGGAGCCCGUCAUCCCGUACACCGCCCCUGGCCAGAACAUGCUCCCCCAGAUGCCCUGGAGAGACUCAAUGGUUCCCCAGUCGGAACCCAAGUCGUCGCCCAACACACAUUCGGCCUUCAACACCGCCAGCGCCCUCGGCUCGCAUCCGCAUCAGCUGCCUCCUCUUAUGGAGCGCACCAUGUCUGGCAGUGACACCCUUGCGCCUACCUUCCAAGCCAUGAACGGUGGCAAUGGUCUUGGCACGCCUGGUGCUCUCUCGCCGUACCCCUCCAUGAUGGGGCCCGUGUCGCCUGUUGAUUACCGCAAGUCGCCCGGUCCCAACCAGGCGCUGAUGAUGACCCGAGCCCCCCAGCUUGACUCUGAAGAACAGUGCGCUAGGAUUUACGAGAACAUCAAGCAGUAUGACAGCGAAAGCGCGCUCCUAGAGACGUUCCACCUGCCGAGUCUGAACACGCUGAACCGCCUGUUGAAGACGUACUUUGAUCUGUUCCACCACCACCUCCCGUUCCUGCACCCUGCCACGUUCAACCCCACUGAAGUGUCUGCCCCACUACUGCUCGCGGUGCUAUCGAUAGGUGCCCUGUACAUCUUCGACCAAGACCAGGCCUACAUGCUCCACAUCGGAUCAAAGGUUCUUGUCAAUCAGUUCUUGCAGAACAAAGAAAACUUCAGCUCUCGCAAAUGCCCCUUGUGGACCAUGCAGAGCACGCUGUUGAACAUGAUCUUCUCCAGCUGGAGCGGUGAUCCAAAGGGACUCGAGUGGGCAUGUUCGAUUAAGAGUCUUCUUGCCAAUAUGGUCGCUGGUAACCGUUACGAGCUUAAGCUUCGAUCAGAUGCUCGCAAUGGUGCUCAGCCAAACCAUGAGGAGUGGGUCGUCGAUGAGCAAUGCAGGCGAACCUACUAUGCUGUCUACAUCUUUUUCGGUCUGCUGACUCUCACCUACAACCACACUCCAGCCAUGGGCUUCAACGAGUUUGACACCCUCGAGCUGCCGUCGUCCGAAUCACUAUGGACCAUGGAGGUUUCAGAUGAUGAAGCCUGGCGAGAAAGCCUGACGUCGUCCAAGAUCAUUACAUUCCGACAAGCACAUGACAACUUGUUCCAAGGCGAGACUGCCCGCUAUAGCGCUUUUGCUACUCGUGUCAUGAUUAACGCACUUUUCCUAGAAGUGUGGUACCACAAGCGGAGUCCAGAGGCCCUCCAAGAUGUAGUCACAGAGUACAAGCUCCGACUGGCGCUGGAGACCUGGGAGAAAUCACUAGAGCUGUGCGAGCCGGAAACCGUUGUGGUCCAGUUGAGCGCCCCUCACAAGGGCCACCCUCUGAUCUUCAACGCCAUGGCGUUGUACAGGAACACCCGCGCCCGACUCGUGGUAGACCUCAAGUCGAUCCAGGAAGCUCUUCGCUACCACGACUCGUAUGAAGUCGCUGCUGCCAUGACGAACGCUCGCGACAAGGUCCAGCGGUCGCCUGAGAUGAUCAAAGUCAUCCAAGAGUGCUUCGACUGUAUUGAAGUGGCUGCUGUGCAAGGCAUUCGCUGGGUUGCUCGUACUUCUGCAACAAAUUGGAGCAUCGAGCACCCUCUGACUGGAAUGGAUCUAAUGGUCAUUCUCACUUUAUGGCUCUACCGCCUCGAACACGACGAGGAGCCAGCUACCGAAGAAGAACUCGCCAUGUACAACAAGUUGCGCAACUUGUUCGAUGAUGAUUCUGUGGACGUGUAUGGUGCAAAAUUGAGCUCCACAGUCGCACGGCUUUGGGGUAGCAUGAUCGAUGAAGUUGUUGUUUGGGGUAUUACGAAACUCAUGGGCGAAGCUUUCAAGCUUCACUCGCAAGCCCUCGUCGGCUAUGAAGACGCAAUGUCGUCGCGAUCCGGGUCUGCUACACCGUCAAUGGCUGCCGGCGGUGUUCAAGUCCUUGAGAUGCAAAUGGCCUACUAGGCCGCAUUAUCGCUAGUCUGUGCUUGCGAUGUCUCUUGUUAUUCCUUCAUUUUCCUCCAUCUUUUCACUGUAGUCGUCUCCGCGCAUUUGGGAGCAUGGCAUGGCGUUUGGUAGGCGUACCAUUGGUCAUGCAUUUUCAUCUCUUUCUGUCUCUCUCUCUCUCUCUCAAGAUCUGGGUAAUACGGCGCACGGGGAUGGUAUGGUCCAGAUUCCUACACGCUCGAGCCUCUGCUCACGCUGUUUCUCACCCUUCUAAUAUCUUUCUCACGCUCAUACCCAUCAUCGGCAUUUCUGGACUAAUGGAGGCUGGCCCCAUGCACGUUUUCAGUCUACUUCGGUUCCGCUGUUAGCGCUGCCUCUGCCUUCUUGCUAAUAACUGUUUUCUUCCUGUUUGCAUUUCCUAUCAUCUCGUUUGGGUGCUAUCAAGUUGUUGUCCUGCAUAAAGCAGAGUAUAUCAUGAUUUGUCCUUGCGGCGACGGGACGGGUAAUAUCCAGGUAGUAGAUUGAUGAAUGUUGGAGCAAGGUGUAUUUGAACUAAGAUAGUACUGUACAAAAAAUAUCUCCCUCGAC